AGCCAAUCAGUGGCAAGAAACUUUAUUAAACUGCAAGCAGCAACGGUACAUAACAGUGAAUUCAACCUUCCACCAGCACAGUGAAAUUUACCCUUUUUCGCUUUCUUAGUUUGGCAGCAAUGAUAUAUCUCAUGCCAUAAUUAUAAAACAUUAACUGUUCUAAAAACAGUAAUGUGCCACAUAAUUGAAUUUUUGGCGGCAUGUACCUAAUAAAUUAGACCACCAUUAAGUAGUAGUGUGCCAAUCAUAGAUUAUAAUCGAUCAUUGAUCAAAAAUCUUUAAGCGACGCAACAAUCGAUUGUGGAUGAUGAUAAUCGAUUAUUGUGGACAAAAAGUUAUUCAGUGUUGAAAUGUUGAAUGGUUCUGUUGAAGACAAUGAUUUAGUAUUGAAACUGAGUGUAAACUGUAAAUUCCCCUCCGAUUGCAGAUUAAAUAACCAGCCAGGCUUGGGGAAUGCAAUUUCUAAAUUCUGUUAAGAAGAAAAUCAGUUAGUAAUAAUAUAAAUAAUAAUAAUACCACUGUGACUUGUACACAGGUGAAACAGACGUGCUUUUUUGACAAUAUAUUUAAAUUUUCUGAUUAUAAUCAAUGAUCAAUCGGUUGGGUCAAUCCAAAUAUUUCCAAUGGUCGAAGAUAAAAUCUCAGCCGAUUCCUAUCACUACCAUUAAGUCAAAAUGGUCCUUUCUUGUAAAGUCAGCUUUCCCUGACUCUGUUCAAAUGGUGAAGUCAUGUUCAUGUAUGCUUAUUUUUAGAUGGUUCCUAUAGAGGUAAAAAGCUUAUAAAUCUGAAAGAAAUUUCUGAUGAAGCCAUAGGGAUGUGCAAAGAAGAGUGAGUAUUGAUUUGUUAUUACUCAUCAAUGGAGGGGAUGGUUUAUGGUGCUGUAAAUCCACAGUUAUUGUGAUGUUGAGUUGCUUGUUAAAAAGAUUCUGAUCAGCAGCAAUAUAAUGCUCAAGGCUUCAACAAGGAAAGAAUUAAUGCAUAAAUGUGACCUCAAGACUCAUCAGUUAAUAAUAAUUUGUGACAUAUGUGACAAUUGGAGCAAAACUUCCCAGGGCCAACUAUAAUUUUAGAUAUACUAUCCUUUACAUACAGUGUAUGAGAACUUAAGAAACAAAUUGUGAGUGAUUCAUGUCUCUAAUUCUAAUGGAAUAAUGCAUUGAGAACUUCUUAUCAUGCCUCAUCUUUACCUUUCUGUUUUAAUACCUAGUAGACUUUCUUUGAUCAUUUCCUUUAAAAUUUUCUUAUUUACACACUUGUUUAUUUAUUUGCAUUUUUACAGAGGAUUUGUUGUUGAGAGCUGCAUUGUUGUUCAGCAUGUUAGUAGAGGAGCAGAUAAUGGAAAUUCUGAUCCACCUGUGGCCAAGAGACCCUGUCCUGAAGUUCCGGUAAAUGCUGUUAAUCAUACAACAAAAAUUAUGAUUCAUAAUCUUACAUGUAACCUUUACAAUCUACCAGUAAUAAAACUAACAGUCUCCAGGUAUUAUAACUCAGGUGCUCCGAGUUAAGCAGGAGUGUAUUACCAGGUUUAAAAACUCGAGGCAAAGCCUAGAGUUUUUACUCAUAAUAAGUGAGUGCAAGUUUUUUGAACAACUUCAAAAUCUCUGAUGUAGAUCACCGCAUUCUUGCACUGAUAAAUAUUAUUUAGAUAUGGGGUUACAUGUAUUUUGGUCUAAAAAAACUGGACGUAAAGUUAAGGCAUGUGUCUUUAUCAGGUUUAAAGACACUCAUAAACAUUACAUUCAAUAAUAAUAUUAUUAUUCUAAUUAAACAGGGUGCAAAGAAAAUCAUUUUUACAGCUUGCCAUUCGGGCAAGCUGAAGCUAGCAUUUACUAGCCCAGACGUCAUUUCAACAAGCCCCAAAAACUUUUUGACUAGCAGAAUUGAUUUCAUGGUUCUUCUGUUAUUCAAAUGCCUCAAAAAACCUCACUUGCCCGUCGGGCAAGUUAAAAACAGAAUUCACUAGCCCGAUAGCAAAAUCCACUGGCCCCGGGCUAUCGGACACUACUUUCUUGGCAUGCUGUUAAAAGUCAAUGUUGAUAGCUUUCAUUUUUUAAAAACAACAAUAAUAAUUGGUAAUUAAGCAUACGUUAAUCUUAUUGUACACUUUACACACUUAUGUAUUGGAAUAAAAUGUUGAAGUUGAAGUUAUAAAUGAAGGUGCAAUAUAACAGGUAUUUUAGGUAUUUUAUUUAUUUGCCACAUGAUUACAAUAAUCACAAAAAGAUGCCAAAAAAAAAUGUAGGAAGAGAUGGCGAGGAGGCCUAAAAGAAACUAUAGAGCUUAUGUUAAUUAGGCCUCCUCAAUUACAAUUUUUCGAAGUUGUUAGAGAGCGAGCGGGAGGGGAAGGAAGGCAUUUAUUCGAAAGGGGUGCUUGUUUGAUAGUUUGGCUUAGGGAGUAGCUUUUAAGAGCACUUAUUAGAGAGUGGGUGCUUAUUUGAGGAAAUUCCGUUAAUACUACAUGUAUCAUUAUCUGGUGACAUUUCACAUGCAUCCGCAAAUUUAAUUUUGUAACUGCUCUAUAAUGUAUGUUUUCAGACUCACUUUGAUGAUGUGCAUGGUAUUGAUUGUUGGUGGCAUGAUGUGAUGUCUUCAGCAAGUGAUCAGUGUGAUCCCUGCUGGACUGAUGCUGAAGAUCCCUUGUUUAUGCUUUAUACCAGGUAAAAUGAGCUUUACGCUUUCUAUUUUCAUUUAGUCCUAUUCUCAGUCAUUCUCCCCCUUCCACCCCAUUAAUAGAAUGAAUCACUUGGGACAUGUUAAGAAAUUAUAUUUUAUGCAAUUCAUCCCUUCAUUUGAUAAUGUGCAGUUACAUGUACAGCUGUAACUGUCAGUAGUCUUUGUGGAGGCAUCAGGUAACCAGCAGGUGGUUAGCUUGUUAGAUUAAGGAAUUUGUGGUUCCGGAUUUGAACCUUGUUGUCGCAUUGUUUCCUGAGUAAGAAUUAUACUUGUUCUAUUUUGUUUCUCUUCACCCUGUACUUAUGUGUCCUGCAGCAUGCCAUUACUGUCACUAGGUUUUCACUUGGGAGGUCAUAUGUGUAUGCAAAUUUAUUGGAACAAAAGAAAGUGUUAAAAUGAAAAGUGUAACUUCCGUAUAAGAUUAGUAUGGGACAACUGUAGCUUGUUUGUAUCUCAAACCAACAACUUACUUGCUCCUUUAUUUAUUUUUAACCAGUGGAUCAACUGGGAAACCAAAAGGUGUUCUUCAUACAGUAGGAGGCUACAUGAUUUACACAGCAACCACCUUCAAGUAAGUUUUUUCAUGAAUUAUUGUUCAUGUACAUGAAGCUUUCCAAUGGUAACUUGAUGUGGAAAGACACUGUCUUUUUAUGGACUACAGCUGUAGGUUUGAAAGGGGGUUACUCAAGACAUCACUGUUUUUUUCUCAUGUGGGGUCAGUGGGCCGGUUGAACAAUUCCCUUUUCAAUAGAACAGCUUUAAGGGUAGACGACAGGAGGUUUUACAUUUAAAGUUUGGUUCUCAUAAUGCCGGCAAAGUACCUGCCGCCUGUACUGCUUGCGAUACUACUCUGACAUUGACAAUGAUUUGCAGGUCUUUACUGCCAUUGCGGUGUUUACCGCCGACAUUGCAGGUCUUUACCACCAGCAUUGCCUGUACAUGUGAAGUCAAACUCGAAUCAACUUUGCAGGCAUGCCGGUGGUACAAUACAGACUGACAUGGCCUCUGUCGUUGGCGACUUCUGCUCUCAUUUUGGAAUGGUGUCGCAAAACUCCAGAAUUUACUAACAAAUGUAUCAGCUGUUAAAUUCGGGUUAAAAUUUUUUAGCUUAGGUUGAUUCUCAAAUUCCUUUGUCCUCUAGCCCUUAUUCUUGAAUAAUCAGUGCUAGGAGACAUAGGAAAUUGUGAAUAAACCUAUGUUAAAAAAUUUUAACAUGAACAUACAUAGAUGUCAAGAGAGUGUGUCCCAUAAACCAUGCAUGUAUGCACCCCCUAGUAAUUUUUUAAACGACUGUUAAAUAUUAGCCAGAUUAACAUCAAACUUGAGACUUGACCUGUUGAAAUAUAUCCCAUAAUACAUGGGACUUGUACCCAGCUCUCCUCCGUUUGAAAUGAGGCAAUAAUUGCAUCUUGUGUUUCUGCAGAUACACAUUUGAUUAUCACCCAGGAGAAGUUUACUGGUGUACAGCUGAUAUCGGCUGGAUCACAGGCCAUAGUUACAUCACUUAUGGCCCAUUAGCAAAUGGUGCAACAAGUGUUCUGGUAUAAAAGUCAAUUCACUUUUGAUUGCAAUAAUCUAUCUUUGACAGUUCCUCAUUAAUUGCCUCACACUUGCAAAUUUUAUAGUUCAUCUUAUAGAGAAUUAUUAUGCUGUUUUAAGCACCCUUUUUUAAUCCAUUCGGUACAGCUUUGUAAUAACAAUUAUUAUUAUAAUGACACUUAAUAGGAAUGUCACUGAACCCAUGUCUUUUGCAAAGACAAUGCGAUUCACUUUGGGCCGCUGUAUUUUAAAUUAUAUUUUUUUCUUUUUGUAAGGGCUCAUAACAUUUGUUGACCAGGUCACCAUUAGGACAAACCAGAACACCUUAGAGUUCUACAUUUAAUAUUACAUGUAUAUGUGCUUCAGAUUAUCAGCUUUGAAAUAAUACAGUAAUGGCCAGUCACCACAGUUAUGUAUUGUUAGUAAUGAUCUGUAUAGUAAUCUGUACAGUAAUGAUCUUUCUAGUUACCACAUUCAACUGCAAUUAAGAUUAACUUCAACAUGGACGAAUUUUAGUCAGACAUGGAGUACCGAUACUACCCAAUAACAACUUUCAUUUGCAGCACUGAAUGCAUGGGCAAUAGUGCAUUACCUUGACUCCAUUUUUCUUGAUUAUAGUUUGAGGGAACUCCUUUUUACCCUGAUUCUGGGCGCUUUUGGGAUGUUGUCGACAAAUACAAUGUCUCCAAGUUCUACACAGCUCCAACAGCCAUUAGAGCUCUCAUGAAGUUUGGAAAGGCUGUAGUAAAGAAGUAAGUCAACUCUCACUUGAAAAAUGGAUACACAAAGAACUGAUAAUGGUGUCGUAAUCAGGCUAUGCUCACAAAUGUAUGCAGUUUUUUUUUUAUGCCAGUGAUAUCUAUAAGUUAUUUAAAGCAGCCAUGCUGAGAAUUGAAUAAAACUGAAGUGAAGAAAUACAUAAAAAAAUCUCAUCUAGGAAACAGUAAAAUAAUAAAAGGGUGCUUGGAAUAAGGCUCCAAGUGUCUUCUGAUCUAUAUUAUUUUUUAAAUAUCUAACUCUCUGUUAGAUUCACAAGCAUAUACUAUGCAAACUGGAAGCAGAAACUACCAGUUAAUCAAAAUACAUGUAGUCUGACUAGAGGAAGGAGUGCAAGCUCAUUUUCCCAAACAGAGACUGGUAAACAAGUCUAUAGCUACAGAUACACUGUAUCUCAGUAAACAGGUUUUUUUUUUGGCCUAUUAUUUUAAUAUGAAGGACCAUAGAUGGCAAAUGUUCCAUACUACUAUUUCUUUAUCUGCAUGAUUACACUAAUCAUGAUCCACCAUUUACACUCUCAGAACAACCACUUACUGUCUUUGCGAAACUAAGUUAUGAGAAGGGAGAUUUUGCAAAGGCCUAGGGUCGUAAGACAGAGAAUGGAGAGGGGGAUAAUUGUUGCUGAAGGAGAGGUGGAAGGGUAAAAAAAAAACCUGUCCAAGAACGGCGUUAUUUGGCAAUAGAGACCAAAAUCACAGGAUAACUUGUUAAAAUGGGCAAAAGGACUCCCCCGAGACUUCAAGACGAUUGCCUGUAAUGCCCUGGGGUGUUACAAGGAUGCCAGCAUUGCAUACAGGCAAAAUCUAUGGUUAUUCUAACAGCGAAAAUGAGAACAUUGACACCAAUGCAGUUAACUCUUGUUUUAAUUAUUUUGCAGGUCCAGUCGUAAGUCCCUGAAAGUACUAGGAACUGUAGGAGAGCCAAUAAAUCCUGAAGCUUGGCUUUGGUAUUACCAUACAGUGGGUGAUGCACAAUGCUCCAUUGUGGAUACUUACUGGCAGACAGAAACUGUGAGUAAACCGUGCUGGCAAGGCUGGGCAUUGCUGUCAAAACGUUGGCUGUUGCUUUGAGUACCGGUAUUUUGACACAAAGCAAAAGCUAAAUUCUAGACACCUUCUACUGAGGCACUUUCUAGAAAUAAUUGACUCUCUGUAUAGCUGUAAGUAGCUUUUUUUUUUAGCAGAAUUGCUACUUGAUUGUAGAUCCACAUGUAACACAGGGAUAAAGUUAUUGCAAGUUAUAAUAUUAUUAUUGUUGUUAAUAUGGCAUUAAGUGUACAGGUUCAGUAUCAUUAUAAAUGUACCAAACUUCUGGUCAAUUUUAGCACCUACCCUGCUUUCCAGAAAAAUUAAUAUUAAAAAAAAUACACCGUUGCCAAUAGACAGAAUGUUUAUUCAUCUGCCCAUAUCAGUGUUGCCCUAAAAAUUCUCUUUAUCAAAGCACUGGGGGACUUGUGCACUGCAAUUGCCAUUCAUUCAUGUGAAAUUGAGUUAAUGUGUGUGUUAAUGAAAACUCAUUUUUAUAGAAAAGGAAUGGGGCACCAGACCAGGACUUACCCUGAAAGAGACUAAAGCUUUAUGUAAUUUGAAAGUAACCCAUUCAGUAAACAGAAAGCUUCACAAGGUACAUAUAAGUGGCUGAUCACAAAUUAAGUGAAAAUUCCUUCAAGCAACCUGGCAGGCAACUACUAUAGAAGCCUUAACAGUAGUUCCUUUUAAGGACGGUACCCACUAAUGGGAAGUAUUUUUUUUCCCAGAUAAUGACUAUGUGAGACAAGUAGAUCAUGUCAGGGGCUAUUGAAAUCCAAAAAGAAAACUGGGGGUAACCACGCAUUUUUCAGAGAUAACUGCACUUCAAUAUGGAGAAAAACGCUGAAUAGGCAUUUUUUAGAAAAAUGAUACAAAGUUAUUUUCCCCAAAAUUUCGGAGUGUACACGUGAACUGGCACAAAUGCAAUGAUAAUUGCAACAAGGUUUCAAAAUAAGCAACAAAUGAUAACAUAACAACUGCUCUUUAUACGCCUUUUUUUGAAAUAUCAGCACAACUGGGAAGUUGUCAGCAGUUACCCCUCUCCACGCGUUUGCCUUAAAAAUAGUGUAAACGACAUUUUCCCCGAACCAAAAAUUGAUCGUUUGCUGAGUAGGCUUAUUACUUUCAUUUGGUAAGAUAAAAAAUAGGGGUUACCACGCGUUUUUAGAAGUUAAAUUGGUUGGUUUCGGCCUUAACUUAAUCGUUUUGGGGGCUAUUUACAAUUUUUCCUAUCCCCUCCCUGGUCAGUUUCACUAUUGCUUCACUCAACGCGGAGUACUCUGGGAUAUCCACAAUGGCCGACAGUCAGAGAACAACAACCCACGAAAGAGAGCAAAAACAGAAAGUGAAGCAGGACAUUUCAUGGACCAUAAGGAAAACAAAUAUGCUAUUUCAUUCAACUGGAGCUUCUCCGUCUCAAAAAUUUAACUAAAAUUUUUGGAAAAGAGCAAUCUCGAAGGAAUUAAAGAUUACUUCCAGCGCACAUAGAGUAGUAUGUCGAGCUCAAGAUGCAACGCUGGCGCUGUAAACAAACUACUGUACUGUAGUGGAAAAUAGUCGACAGAGACUCUUAGACAGGUACUCCUUCAAUCGUUUGCUUACCUGUACAUGUCCUCAAGAUUUUUUUAACUGUAGAUGUAAUAUGGAUUGUAAACCUUCUAUCGUUUUUUAUCAUUUUACCGGGUACCUCAAUCGAAUAUGUUAUUAAACCGUGCAUGCAUUCAAUGAGCUUAUGUCUGUGCUUUGCGCUAUCUCUUUCGGGCUUUGCCACAAGUUUCAUAUCACAUAAAUUAUUUGCAUAUAUAGACUCAAGUUCCAUACAUGAUCAUGAGCUCUCUUUUAAAAAAGCUGAAUACUGCGAAAGUAGUUGUACCGAAUGCGUUUAUGUACCGUCAUAAUGCACUGGGCUAUAAUGAUCAUUUUAUAUAUUUCGUUGUGAUUUUUUUACUGUAGCAUUCUGUGUCAUGUUCAUUCACUAUUUUUGGUUCCUAAAUGUUAAUUUUAGGCUUAACAGUGUCUGUUAAACCUAAGAAAGUCUUAGAAUGGAAAUACUUUAUUUACCUUCCAUCUUUAGUUCGUAAACAGCCAAAUGGCAGCUAUGUCUAAAUGUCCAGAUUAUGUCUGGCGUGAAAUUGAACCUUAAGAAAUACUAUCUACACGACAAGCUGCCCAUGAGUCAAUAAUUUUAAUGCUUAGUACUGCCAAAAUGCUUAAAUAACAAUGAUAAUACUAAAAAGCGUAACAAUUUUCUACGAUUUUCUCCGCGAUGAAAGCGUUUCCUUUGCGGUCCGCAACUAUUUGUGAAGCUGCGAUCUCAACAAUCCAAGCAAUCUUGUGAUAGUUUUUCUUGUUUGUUCGACAAAUAAAAGCCUCGGACUCUCAAUAAAACGGACAUCAGUAUGUACUCGAACGCUUUAAGUCUAUCUUCUGCUGAAUAAUUACAUAAAAUCUUACAAAAUUAAAGAAAUAUUCGGGAAAGUGUUUAUAGCCGAUUAGCCGAUAAAACGCGAAGGACCUGAGUGAAAGGUAAGCUUGCAGUUUCUCGAUUAAGCGGAGGACUUAGAGCUAUUUUCCUUCUGAUUUACUGAUCCUUACCUAUUAAGGGAUUGUUUAAUACCCAAGCUCCAAGCGUAACAUCUCGAAGCAAUAACUUUUGAUGUUUUAGAAUUGACUUUUGUUUGACUAUAAAAUGUUUGGUAAGAUCGACCAUAAAGGGGAAAUAGCAACAUGCGCAUACUUCAUGGGUUUUCAAAGAACUGACAAGGUAAAUAAAAAUUAUUUUUCACCUGUUGAAAAACGACACAUCUUUUCCUCAAGAAAUAACUAGAACCUUCCAGACUUGGCGGAGACAAAACCAGUCCGCGUAUCCUGCAUGUUGCGCAUUUCUUUCGCGUCGCGCGCGACUACCUUCGCAUGCGCAGAAAAUGUGCGCAGUAACAAUAGUGGGCACCGUCCUUAAGUAAAUGCUUUCAGGAGACUUUUAAACCCUUAUUGUGGAGUAUUGAUGUUAAUAUGCUGUGUUUGUUGUAGGGUGGUCAUGUGAUUACAUCACUUCCAGGAGCCACCCCCAUGCGACCAGGAGCAGCAGUAAGUUUUGUUCAUCCUGAGUUGGAAUUAUGGCAUAAAAAAAGUUUAUUCUUAACGUUCUGAAGGACCUUAAUUAGCUCUGUUAUAGCAUUUCUUGUGUUGACUGUGCUUAAAAAAAAUUAAAAAAAGAUGAAACCUCAUUCCUGCAGCCUUGAAGCAUCUGCAGAGUUGUCAAUCAAGUGUAGUGGGGUUCCACCCAUCGGCAUGUGUAGGGCACAGGCAUGUGUGGAGCACCAACGACGAGCAAGAAAAAAGCUGGUUACCAGUAUGUGUCCAUCCGAGAAAUUCUGAUAAUUACAUAAUUGUCCAUGUACAACAAUUCACCCUCUUUGUGUACACCAUUGCACAUCCUUUUAUAAAACUGAUUAACAAUAAUUUUUUAUGCAUCUUCCAAUUAAGUCAUAGUGGGACAACUGCUGACUUGUAUCACAUGACAGUAUUGUAGGUUCAGAUCCAUGACCCUCUGAGGUCAUCGAUAUUCUGGAAGUUGUUUGAUGACCAGUUUAUGCACUAGAUCACUUGCUCAGGUUUUUUCGUCAGAAGUAUCUAAGUAAUGUUUUGAAGUUAAUAAUUGUUUCAAGUAAACAGUUAACUAUGUAAUAAAAGCUCUGCUUAACUUGUAGCUAAAUCUGUGUAAUAGUACAACCAAGGUCAUGUGCCACACACUUUUUUACGUACAUUGUGGUCCUUUAUUGGUUAUAGUGUAAUUAAGUUUUGAAGUAUGUUCUAAAUAAUAUUAUUAUUUUAUCUAUAAUUACUGACAACUUGUUAUUAUUCUCUUAAUUAGUCAUUUCCAUUUUUUGGUGUUGUGCCGGCAAUUGUUGAUGAACAUGGAAAUGAACUUGAAGGACCAUGUGAAGGAUUUCUGGUGAGUGUGAAAUAUCAUGCCUUAUAAGGAUUGUCUUUUUUUGAAAACUACAUUUAAAAACAGUGGCAAAAAUGUCUUUACAGUAAAUAUUAUGUCUGGAAAAAAGAUGGUAAUGGAUUUUGUCUUAAUGACACUUCAGCAAGUCAGGGCUUUGCACUGGUGGUGCCAGGUGACCCUUCUCACCUACCUUUUAGAUAAGAAAUGAUAAAGACUUUAUUUAAUGAUGGUUGCCACUAAAUAGCCAGAGCUAAUAAUCUUAUGGCCUUCUAAAAUAGCAAAUAAACUAUAAUGAAAAAACAAUAUUAUUAAAUAGGUAAUACUAAACUAUAUAAAAUAGAAGAUACAACUAAAUAUUUUAAAUACUAUAGAUACUAAAUACUAUUAAAACUAUAUUAAAAAUGCAACAUAUAGCUUUAUAAUCUCUCAAGCGACUUGGAAAUCUUAGGUUUUGCAUGGAUAACAUUAUUAUGUUUUUAGUAUCCUGGAUUUCACACGUCCAGAGCAUUUUUUUUCCGAGGACACCCUUGCAAGUGAUUAAUUGCCAAGGGAAUUAAUUGUAAUCUCAUCUACAGCCUUAAACAUUGAAUUCAAAGUUCUGAACUCCUUUAUGUCGUCUUUGCACUGUGAUUACUGUAAGUUAGACAAGAUAAUGUUACAUUAUUCCAUGACAUUUUAAACUCCCAUUUAAUUUUUAUAUUUUAAUGUUGAAGGUGAUGAAACAGCCCUGGCCGGGCAUGGCAAGAACUAUCUAUGGUGACCAUGAGAGAUUUGAAAGGGUGUACUUUUCUAAAUUCCCUGGAUAUUACACAACGGGAGAUGGUGAGUAAUUAAUUUCCUGUACAUGUGUUUGUACAGAUAUCUCUAGUAGCAUAUGGACUAGGCAAAAUAAUCUGAAAACGCUUACAUGAUCAGUAAAUAACAUUCUAGGCAAUGUGGAAAAAUACUUUUUACAGUAUCUUUAGUGAUGUACAACUGUAAGGAACUCAUUGCCUUACGUUUUCCCCAUGUUUUAUUAAUUUUAUUGUGCGGCCAUUUUAGAGCAAAACCUUUAUCAUUAUUAUGAUGUUCAGAGAGAACAAUGGCAUUCACGUAUGUGCUUUGAAUCGACCAAAACUGCCAAAAACACACAGUAUAAAGAAAUGGCCACAAGAUAUGGCAUUCUGCUUAAUUUUUAUCACCAUGCAAUGACUCCUAUUUUGCAAAGUUAUAAAAAUCCCAUACAUGUACAUUAAACCUUUGACUUGAUAUACAUCAAGGAUUCUUCCUUGUGAGCUUAAGCUCCUGUGUUUGCAUGCAACUGAUUGCUGUACAUUUUCUUGUUGAAGGUUGUAAGCGGGACAGUAAUGGUUAUUAUUGGAUAACGGGUAGAACUGAUGACUGUAUGAACGUGUCAGGUCACUUGCUGAGUACAGCGCAGGUUGAGAGUGCCUUGGUGGAGCAUGAUGCAGUCACCGAGGCCGCUGUUGUAAGUUUGAAACCUUGCUUAAAGGAGCUGUGUCGUAAAUUCAAUCUAAAAUUCAAACGGUAGGAGCUGCCACUAAAUCGAGUGAAGGAUAAAAUUAAAUACUCAAAAUAUUAAAGAAAGUUACAAAAGAAGGCACAGAUGGACAAACUUGAAGAACCUUGAAACAGAUGGCGACAGUGUGGUUUACGUCCCCUUGGUGUCCGCAUGAACAGUGUUUCACAGUAAUAUAUUGUGUUUCUUAUUAUGUUUCUAAAGCUAUAGACAUUGUCGCUACCAUAUUAAGUUUUAAGCUGCUUUUUUUUUAAUUAAAAAAGCAAAAUAAUACACCUACACAUCUAAACAAAGGAUAACAAAUUAACUUAGAUUGUAAACACAUAGUCCAUUUUUGUUUCGUUUUUUAAACUAAACACAUUUGUUUGUUUGUUUGUUUGUUUGUUUUCACUAGGUGUCUUGUCCUCACAAAGAAAAAGGGGAAGGAAUAUACUGUUUCACAACUCUGAUGGAGGUAAUGUAGAAUCGUACACAUGUUGAUAGUUUUUAUGCGCUAGACAUUGAAACUGUUGGUACCUUUCCACCACAGACUGAACAGGGGCGGAUCUAAGGGGAGGGUGCGGGGUGCGCCCCCUCCCCUUCCCCCUGAGAUGACCUGCAGCUUUCUAACACAACUGGCUUUAAAAUUUUUCUUUGUCACCAGUCAGUCAGUUCCUUAAAGGAGCACCCCCUCUUAAGAAAAAUCCUGGAUCCGCCUCUGUUGAAGGUGGAUAGGUAACUAAGCACGGAUCGUGUCUUAUUACCCCACUCCCCCAAGCAAAUUUGCUUUAGGCUCCUUGCUUAGCCAGCGCCACAGGCAGAAAUUACAGUUUAUAUGCUGGGAGUUAAGAAAAACGGGGUCUUGUGAUAGCAGCCGUGAGUAGAGCUGUCCGCCUACGAGAGUAACCGUUAGGAGAGCUUCCACUGUAUUUUCUAAAAUCUACACAAUUAGCAUGAUUGUCAUUCAAUGUUUAGGGUAACUGUAUACCUUGAACGUCCUGCAAAAUCCAAUAAUUAUGUGCUUAUGUAUUUUCUGUAGGGAGUGGAAUUUAAUGAACAGCUGAAAAAUGAACUCAAGCAAAAAGGUAACAACUUACAAAAAUGUUUACAUUGAUUAUUAAUUUACUGUGUUCCACUGAGUUUAUUAACAUCACCAAAAACGUUCUCAACAAAAUGAAUUAAUGCAUUGAAGAGUGAAUGUAUACCAGUGAAGGGGAAGUUGAAAAGAUCUUACUAGAAGUCACUUGGGAACAAUGGCCAAGGAUAUAUCUUAAUCUCUUUGACGUUCAGCUUGUGACUACCUACUCGUUUAUUUUAAAUGGCACAGAAACCACAACGAAACCCCAGUAAGGGUCAGUCAGACCUGGAUCAGUAAAAUCUUUAACACCAAAUUUUAAAGUUUAAACAGUUAAGUAGUUUCUUAGAAAUCGAUUUUAAGAUAAAUAUUAGCGAUAAAAAAUGACGACGUUUCGACCUCUCCGAGGUCAUUUUCAAGUGUAUAAAAGUUCUCUAAAUUAGCAUAAAUAAGUUAAAAACAAGUUAUAAUAGAUAAAAAUGUGGUGAACGCUAAAAUGUGGUAUAAUAUGUAAAAAUAUAAAAAGUGCUAAAAAUAUUUAUAAAGUCAAAAAACAAUGGAAAUAAAACAAUGUUAACAAGAACUGCUCUAAACAAAUAAUUUGGCGCGAAUUGAAUCGCACUGUUUGUUAAGCGUCGGUUUCAGUUCUUGGAUAAAAAACAUUUCAAAAAUAAGACAGUCAAAUUUGUUCUGACACUUUCUUAAGAUUCUUAAACUUUGUGAGAUGUCUUCAGGCUCCAUAUCAUGCUGCUCUCUGAGGUGGUUUCCGACUGCCGAUCCUUUGUGUUCUUCAAUUCGUUGUUUUAUACACUUGAAAAUGACCUCGGAGAGGUCGAAACGUCGUGAUUUUUUAUCGCUAAUAUUUAUCUUAAAACAGUUAACUGAUCCUUACGGUAGAAAGAGUGAUAGAAAAAAAUAGAGGUGAGCCUCACGUGCCUUUCUGUACAGAGUCAAGGUUACUACGGAUUAGUUGUAAGAGAACCAGAAGGACGUCGUUGAUGGAGUGAUCGGCUUGAUUAAAAUGUUUAGAGACAGGAGUAGGAUUAGUAAGGUGGCCAGAGUUAAGGAUGGAGCGGCGAUCUUCCCCAGGAGUCAGUCGUGGAGCCUGUUGGCGCUUGGUCUCUGCAAUGUAUUGUUUGCCGCAUCGCUAAUUGAUCACAGUCAUAAGUCGAAAAUGCCUGGGAAGGGUCGAUUAAAUAUACUUUCUCCUUACUAAUCUAGACAAGUUCUUUCAAAUAAAAAUUACACUGUUACAUUUUUAGUCACCAUAAAGUAUUAUUUUUUACCAGUAAAUAAAUGUUAGUACCACUACAUACGUUUACACCCUGUAAAAGUAUUGUUAUGUUUUCUCUCAUUUCAGUUCGCACCAAAAUCGGACCAUUUGCAACCCCUGACAUCAUUCAGAAUGCCCCCGGGCUUCCUAAGACUCGCUCUGGGAAGAUCAUGAGACGAGUUUUGCGGCAUGUUGCAAAGAAUGACAAGAAUAUUGGUGACACUACAACAAUGGCUGAUUCCUCUGUGGUGGACACUUUGUUUGAAAAUAGGCCGAAUGUUAACUUUCUCCCUGACUAGUGUCUGAUUCAGUGAUACAAAGCUUAGUUGUUUAAAAUCCUUUUCCACAUUAUCAAGGAACAUGUCAACUACACCGGCCUGUGUUAAUUCCUCUUAACAGUAGAAGAAAACGUGUCAAACGUCUGCACCAGGGACUGAUUGGGUGUUCUGUGACCAAGUCAAUGAAGGGAUUAGUUUCUCUGAUUUCAAGAUAACUAAUGUGGCGUUGUUAUGUUCAGUGUUUUGUGGACGGGAUGCUGUAUAAUUAGACUGCUUGCAGUCCGCCCUUUCUCUUUAAAUCCGUCUAGUUCUCAUCCAGCCAACGCGAUUGCGAACAACGUCGUUACAAAAAGGGAUUUUAAAAAUUGAAAAGAAAAAUAAGGGACGGCUCACAGUCUAAACCAUAGACUUGUAAAAUCAUCAUUUGGUACCUGUUUUGGGCCUUUUUUCUUACUUCUUAUUUCUGUAGGGACAUGGGGUGGGAUGUUUGGAGGAAAGUUUGCAUUUUUAAGUGUGCUGGGUUUAUAUUUAAUGUUACUUUGCCCAUCAAGGCUUAUUUUAGGGAAGGAGCAUUGAAAGUUAUGCGUGCCUGCAUGAGAGUUGAAAGAAUUAUACUUUAGCAAUGGGCAUAAAUUUGUGGAGAGGGAGGGUUGUUUUAUACUUGUCUGAUAGCCAUUC